UUCUUCUUCAUUAUUCAAAUUCUCUGAUUAUUUUUCUUUAUUUCAAAGCGUAAUUUCUGGGAUUAUUGGGUUACUGCUAACUUUAUGUUUUUCUUCUUCUUGAUCAUCCAAAAGAGCUGUCACACUCACUGUUUUUUAAAUAAAUUCUGCACAGUGAUCACAAUUAUUUCAUGUCUGAGUUCUUUGGAUCAUUGUGUAUAUAUAGUCCACUUAUUUUUUCAAGUCAUGCAACUUGUUUAAAUAUGAUCCUUUUGAUCUGCAUUGUACUCUGUUUUGUUCUUUUAGUCUCUUGUUCUCUGAGUGGAGCUACUGUUAACUUCACUCUGUCUCAUCAACAUUCUAACCCUGAAGCUGUGGUGCAAGAAGUUCAAAGGAGAAUACUAGCCUCAACUUCCAAUGCAGAGUCACAUGAUCAGCAAUCCUGCACUACCGGCAAUCCGAUUGAUGACUGCUGGCAAUGUGAUCCAAAUUGGGGGAACAACCGCCAGCGCCUUGCUGACUGCGCCAUAGGCUUUGGGCAGGGUGCUAGUGGAGGCAAAGGGGGUCAGAUUUACGCGGUCACUGACUCCUCUGACAAUGAUGUGGAGGACCCGAAACCAGGCACCCUAAGGUUUGGUGUGGUCCAGGCUGAGCCCCUUUGGAUCAUAUUCGCGGCCAAUAUGCAAAUCAAGCUCUCUCAUGAGCUCAUUGUCAGUAGCUUCAAGACGAUUGAUGGCCGGGGUGCUAAUGUGUACAUUACUGGAAAAGGCUGCAUUACAAUCCAGGAUGUUAGCAAUGUUAUUAUUCAUAAUAUUCAUGUUUACAAUUGUGUUCCAUCCGGGAGUGCUGACAUCCGGUUAAAUCCAGGCCAAGUUGAACAUAAAGGCAAGUCGGAUGGCGAUGGGAUAAGCAUCUCGGGGUCUAGAAAUGUUUGGGUGGAUCAUUGUGCUAUUUCACACUGCACAGAUGGUUUAGUUGAUGUCACCGUUGGCUCCACAGCUGUAACGAUUUCAAACAAUUAUUUCUCGCAUCAUGACAAAGUGAUGUUGCUGGGACAUAGCGAUAAGUACACGCCUGAUAAGGGUAUGCAGGUAACAAUUGCGUUUAAUCAUUUUGGAGUGCAAUUGAUACAACGGAUGCCUCGGUGUAGACACGGAUACUUCCAUCUUGUGAACAAUGAUUACACUGAAUGGCAGAUGUACGCGAUUGGUGGUAGUGCUGAUCCAACCAUUAUUAGUCAGGGCAAUCGUUACACUGCUCCAAAUGACGCGUCCUCCAAGCAGGUGACUAAGAGGUUGGACACGGAUGAGGGAGAUUGGGCAGGAUGGGACUGGAGAUCGGAUGGCGAUGUAAUGGUAAAUGGAGCAUACUUUGUCCCCUCGGGUCAAGGCGAUCUAUACACCAAGGAUUCUGGUGCUGAGCCCAGGUCUGCUGCCAUGAUUGACCGCCUCACUUCCGCUGCUGGAGUCCUUGGUGGUCCAAGGGACAAUGGUGACCAUAUAUCACACGAUGGUGGGACAAAUUCCGAUGAAAAUGGGAGCGGUGGGGGCAUGACAUUUGGGAGUGGCGACGGCAUGACUUUUGGGAGCGCUGGCAUGGAGUUUGGGAGUGCUAAUCCGCCACUAUCUCCAAGUACAGCCAUUUUUUUGUCUGUUAUAGUUGUUGCAACACUGGAAAUGAUCACCAGAAAUGGUGCUGUAUUACCACUAGAACUGUUAUAGCAAUUAAUCAGAAAAUAUUUAACAUAUUGGGCGGAAAGUCAAUUUUGAAAGAACA